AUGACCAUUCAUCACAGAAGGCCUAGCAAACCCGAACUGGAGUCGGGGCUACCACCAUCACAGCUACAAAAUGAAAACACCGACAGAAAGGGCGCCAAGUCUUCGGUGUGGACCCAGCAGCAUGUAGCUGGUGAGUCCAGCGACGGCAGUGACGUCAGUCUGGCAGAACACUUACGAAAUGGAGUGUCGCACGUGACCUACCACGACAAUCCUGAGUUGGAGCAAGGCCGUGCCAUUGUGCGUCAACUGAGCCCAUUGAACAAGGUCCCAGAAGUGCAUGACGCCAUAAUUUCGCCAUCGAUUAGUGAAAAAUUGGAGGAGGAGGGACUUUGGGAGGGCGAUGUGGAACUGUUGCCCGAUUCACCCUACCCGGAGGUACGUGCCACGGUUAGCGUAGAGGACGACCCUACCAUUUUUCUGAACCACUGGAGAACAUGGUUUCUCACCACCAUCUUUGUGGUGGUUUUUGCCGGUGUCAACCAGUUUUUUUCGCUUCGGUAUCCAACUUUAUCCAUCAACUUCCUUGUCGCCCAGGUGGUGUGCUUCCCCGUUGGGAAAGCCUUUGCAUUGCUGCCUCACUAUGACUUUCCACGCGCUCCAUUUUUCAAUCUGAACCCAGGUCCCUUCACCAAAAAGGAACACGCGGUGGUCACUAUCGCCGUCGCUCUGACUUCGAGUACUGCCUACGCAAUGAAUAUCUUGAUUGCUCAGACUAAUUUUUACAACAUGGAACUGAACGCAGGAUACCAAAUCCUUCUCGUGUGGACCACGCAGAUGCUUGGCUACGGUGCUGCUGGUCUAACUCGUCGUUGGAUCGUAAACCCGGCGUCCUGCAUCUGGCCACAGACUUUAAUUUCCGUCUCGCUAUUCGAUUCUUUGCACAACAGGGUUAUUGACAAGACCAUAGUUAACGGAUGGAGAGUAUCCAGAUACAGGUUUUUCGCCAUUGCGCUUGUUGUGAGCUUUGUUUGGUACUGGGUCCCCGGCUUUCUCUUUACCGGUCUUUCGUACUUCAACGUUGUCUUAUGGGGCCCCAAAACGAGAUACAACUUUAUUGCAAACGCCAUUUUUGGUGUGGAAAGUGGACUCGGGGCACUGCCCAUCACUUUCGACUAUACCCAAAUUUCCCAGGCAAUGGCCGGCUCUGUCUUCGCGACGCCAUAUUGGGUCUCUGCCAAUACUGGCGUGUCCGUGGUAAUCUUUUUUGUGAUUGUUUUACCUGCAUUGUACUUCACCAACACCUGGUAUGCCAAGUACAUGCCUGUGAUCUCCGGUUCUACAUAUGAUAACACUCAAAAGAAAUUCAAUGUUCAGAAGAUUUUGAACCCAGACUACACCAUAAACCUGGAGAAAUACAAGGCCUACUCCCCGAUCUUUGUCCCAUUCUCUUACCUUUUGACUUACGCUUUAAACUUCGCUGCAGUCACCGCCAUUUUUGUUCACUGCGGUCUUUACCAUGGCAAAGAUCUAUGGGCCAAGCUCAAGAACAAAAACCAUGGUGGUUUGGAUAUACAUAUGAGGAUUUACACCAAGAACUACAAAGAUUGUCCUGAAUGGUGGUAUGUGGUGCUUCAAGUUAUUUUGUUGGGUCUUGGCUUUGCCACCAUUUGCGGAUUUGACUCCGGUUUGCCCGCCUGGGCUUUCGUGGUGGCGCUAUUGAUAUCAUUCGUGAAUUUCGUUCCCCAGGGAAUCUUAGAAGCUGUGACCAAUCAACAUGUUGGUUUGAAUAUCAUCACCGAGUUAAUUUGCGGUUAUAUGUUACCUUUAAAGCCAAAGGCUAACGUUCUUUUCAAGCUGUAUGGUUUUAUUGUACAAAGGUCUGGCCUCGACAUGAGCAGAGAUUUGAAGCUGGCGCUUUACAUGAAAGUACCUCCCCGGUUGAUCUUUGCAAUCCAGAUUUACGCCGCUUUGAUUUCCGGGUUAGUUAACGUCGGCAUCCAAGAAUGGAUGAGAUCUAAUAUCAAGGAUCUUUGCAGCUCUACUCAGCCCGACGGUUUCACCUGUUCGAACGGCCGCACUGUCUUUAAUGCUUCCAUUAUCUGGUCCUUGCCUCAUUACCUAUUUUCUCCAGGUCGGAUUUAUAAUCCCUUGAUGUGGUUCUUCUUGAUUGGAUUAUUGCUGCCUCUCGUGGUAUUUGGUCUGCAAAAGGUUUUCAGGAAAAACCAGUUCUUGAAGUACGUGCAUACUCCAAUCUUUUUCACUGGCCCAGGCAAUAUUCCUCCAAGCACACCAUAUAAUUACACACUUUUCUGGGCGAUGUCGUUCGCGCUUAACACCAUCAGAAAGAGAUGGCCAAAAUGGUACGGCAAAUACAAUUUUGUUAUGGGUGCUGGUGUCGAGGCCGGUGUAGCUAUAGCAGUGGUCAUUAUUUUCCUCGCAGUUCAAUACCCUGGAGGUAAGCUGAACUGGUGGGGCAACACCGUUCACCAGAAAACAUACGACCACGCUUAUAAAACUUACUACGUUGUGAAAACAGGCGAAAAGUUUGGUUACGAUAAGUGGUGGUAA